AUGAAGGUUUCCGGUAGCAUGGAACCUACACUCCGGAGACGCCAUGGAAGGGACAACGUCCGGGUAUUCAAGCCCCUCCUUCGCGCCUACGCCCUCGGGUACCUGUCUUCCGUCACCCCGAAAUUGAUGUCUUAUGUACGCCGACUGCGCACUAAGGACUGGAGUGCGCAACAGAAACUUCAAGAGAGGCUCGACCGCUUAAUUAGAUUCGUCAUCACUUUUCUAUCCGGAUGGUUCAGUUUUCAACUGCUGAACAGAAACCUCAUCUGUCUACCAAUAGCCGAUGUCAGAGCUAUCCGGAACUCCACAGAUCAGGGGAAGGACCCUGGCCAGGUCAUGGCCAAUCCGCUGGAGCAUCAUCGCCCGGAGUUAGCAGGGAGGACAAUGGACCUCACCAUCUACAUGGUCACAAGAGCUGUAGAUGCGGUCGCUUGUGCUGCAUGGGGUCGCUGGUCCCGUCGCCGCCGGGCCCAGAAUCGCUGGACGACUGUCGAAACCCUCGUCCCUGGCUUCGCCGACGCAACUAUCUUUGCCACGAGUGCCGCUGUAGUCAUGUGGGCAUGGUUUUAUCUCCCUGAAAGACUGCCAAGAAGCUACGAGAAGUGGAUCGGGGAAGCUGCUCAGGUCGAUUCGCGUUUAAUUGAAGCCUUGCGUCGUAUUCGACGAGGAGUCUUCGUUUAUGGAAAGGAUACGGGCCAGGCACCCCUUCUCCAAUCGAUGUGCAAAGACUACAACUGGCCAGAGGUAUGGGGAGACCCAGCAAAAGUGACCCCGAUUCCUUGCGAAAUGGUUCACAUGGGCUGUGGCCCCAGUUGUGAGAAACACGCAUUGUCUCGAUUUGCCAAAACCUUCAAAUUUGCCUGUGCAACCUAUAUACCCCUACAAAUUGUGUUCCGUCUGCGCAGGAUGAAAUCUGCAACUGCCCUCCGUCGGGCCCUUUCUGAUGCAGCACGAUCAUCUGCCUUCCUUGCAUCUUUUGUGAGUUUAUUUUACUACAGCGUCUGUCUCGCUCGGACACGACUUGGCCCUAAGAUCUUUGAUGCGAGAACCGUCACUCCGAUGAUGUGGGACUCUGGGCUUUGUGUCGGUGCGGGAUGUCUCAUGUGUGGCUGGAGUAUAUUGGUCGAAAAGACGCGGAAGAGGCAGGAGCUAGCACUAUUCGUGGCACCCCGGGCUGCCGCCACGGUUUUGCCACGGUUGUAUGAUAAAAAGGUACGUAUCGGACCCUCGCAUCCUCUGUCCACAACAGGGUUACACCCACAUCCCACCCCCCCCCCACACCCCCUUCUCAAUUUCUCCAAAUUAGCCUGUGGCAGGUUCCAACACAAUCACGAGGUGCUGACGCAUGUUGGUGUUUCCCAGUAUCAAUAUCGAGAGCGUGUUGCAUUUGCUGUUAGCGCUGCUAUUCUUAUCACUUGCCUCCGCGAGCGACCCAGCAUGGUACGAGGGGUUUUUGGUCGCAUCACAUCGAGUGUGUUGAAUUAG